AUGUAUGUAAGUUAUCUUUUGGAUAAGGACACCAGUAUGUUCCCCAAUUCCGUAAGACACCCAAGCCUAAACCUGAACCCUCAGAAUUUUGUACCCGCGCCUCCACAAUAUCCGGAUUUCACAGGAUACCAUCACGUUCCAGGCAUUAACAACGACUCUCACCACAGCCAAACAGCAACGUGGAAUCCCGCGUACCCUCCUCCACGGGAAGAAUGGACACCUUACGGACCGGGGACUGGACCUUCAACCUCGAGCACCGGUCAGAUGGGUUUCAGUCCGCCAGAAUUUUCAUCUGUUCAAGCACCCGGUCUUCUUCCAUCUUCCAUAAACACAUCAGUCGGUCAACUGUCGCCGAACUCUCAGCGCCGGAACCCGUACCACUGGUUGCGUCAGACAGCCCCGCCGUCAAACUCAGGAGGGAAGACCAGAACAAAAGACAAAUAUCGGGUAGUAUACACGGAUCAUCAGCGCCUAGAACUGGAGAAGGAAUUCCAUUACAGCCGUUACAUUACAAUAAGAAGAAAAGCAGAAUUGGCAACAGCACUCAGUCUAUCAGAGAGACAGGUGAAGAUCUGGUUCCAGAACCGACGUGCUAAAGAGAGAAAAGUCAACAAAAAGAAGAUGCAGCAGCCGCAGCCCGCAUCCACAACCACACCCACCCCACCUGGCUCAGCUCUCCCAGGCAAUGUUGCCAUGGUGACAAGUAGCAGCAGUGGCCUGGUAUCUCCGUCUAUGCCAAUGACUAUCAAAGAAGAGUACUAAAGUGAGGAGAAGAGCCAGAUGUUUACUUUUUUAAUACUAUAACAGAUCCCGUUAAAAACAUUAC